AUGGAAUGGGGCAUGCACCUUGCUAGCCAAGCGCACGCCUCUGGAAAGAAAAGCACUUGCAAGUGGGAGGCCUGUGUUAAUGGUGGUGGUGCAGCUGCCCGUGGUCAGCCUGGGGAGAAAUGGAUGCUGUCUUGCACUGACGCAGAGAAACCCAGUGUGGUGGAUUGGCUGAACAGCCAUCGCUCUGCAGAGGGCAGCAUGGUGACCCUCCUGCGGUCUCCAAGCUCAUCGAAGCAGGAUGAAGUGAACUUGCUGGACAAACUGACUUCUUCCGCCCGGGACUUCAGCAAUAUUUCCCUCAGUUAUGACGAAGCCAACUGCAGUGUCUUGGAGGUUGGACAGUACUCCACCCUCAGCAUCCCCACCCGGGAGGCCUUUGGGGACAGGUUUGCAGAUGAGCUGAGCGUGUUGGUGAAACUUAAGUAUUCUCUGAAGGCGGAGACCAGCCUCUUGACGAUCCUCAGUCAUCGUAGCCACGUGCUGUUCCAGAUCAGGAUUAACCCCCUUGCCUUGGUCUUUGUCACCACUAGGAGGCGACAUUAUGAGUUCCCAGUUUCCAUCCUGGGGGAUGGGGACUGGCAUCAGGUUGCCCUCAGCAUCUCCUCCGAGAGACUGGAGCUGCAUGUGGACUGUCAGCUGGUGGAGAGCGUGGGAUGGUCCAAUUACUUUGGGAUGGGCAUCACCAUGCAGGGGCUGGUCAUUCUUGGAGGCCUGAUUGAAUCCUUUGAGAUUCCCUUUGAGGGUGCUCUGCAGCAGCUGAUCUUCCAGAUGGGAGACCCGGGGGCUGCCGGCGAAUACUGUGGAGGCUACAAUCCCAGAUGCGCCAGCGCUUUCAGCACUGAAGCUUUCCGCAACCAGUCCCGCUCCCCAGGGGAUCUUUCUCCCGCUUGGCCGGAGAGCCACGCCCGUUCCCCUGAGAAUCCCCAUGGCAACAUGGGAGAUGGCUCUACUGCUGAUGUCCUGGUGACCCAGGAGCCUCUGUUAAACGUGCCAAAAGAAACCAAUGAAAUUCAGGAAUCCUACACUCAGGGCUCAAAAUUUACCACUUCAGAUUUGGCCGUGCGGCCACCCCUGGUGUGGGAGAAUUCCCAAGAGAACCUUAGGCCCAGCCCCAAUGGAAGUGCCCUCACUUCAGCCCCUUCUACUAAGAGGCUGUCUGCUGAGGAGGAGGAAGAGGAGGAACACCUUUCUAUGGAAGAGGAAGGCUUCGAGCUUUUGAACGCCACCUACAAUAAAAUCACAGGACCUGGCAGGCCCGGGGUUGGCAGAAGCGAGUUGGAGGUCGCAAGAAAUGCCAGUGAUUCCAUUACCACGGUUACCUCAGUUCCUCCUUCUGGGCGUCGAGAUGUUCAGGUGGCUGAUGACAACGUUAUCCUUUCGCGAACCUCCACCAAAGUAAACAGACCGGCUUCCAAGAAAGACCACGUUUCGAAACCCCAGGAUGAGAACAUCACUACGGAAAAGCUGAAGGGAGGAGACACGGGCUCUCGGACCUGGUUCUCACCCAGCAAACCGAUUGAUGCCAUCAUAGACCUAGACAACCCUUCCAUCUUCUCCAAAGUCUCCGCAGAGGUCAGCCAGACAGCGGGCUCUGCAGGAAACAUAGCCAGGGCCCCCUCUUCUGACUCCCAUAGGAAGGCGGAGGCACCUGUGGGUGAAGGAACCCUAGAGAGCCCUUCUAAAGCUUCCCUAAGCCCCGAGGAUGCUGUGAAACCAAUGCAGACAUCACUGGAUACUGAGGUGGUCCCCACAGAGCACAACAAAGGGGUCGUGCACCGAGGGAAGACAGGCAGUGAAGCAAAGGGGAGUGAGGACCAUGGUCAAGCCGGUGUCUUGUGGACAGCAGCAGACGGGCAACAGGUUCGAGUGAAGCCAGGACCCCGGGGGCCGCAAGGACCACCAGGUUUGCCUGGUUGCCGAGGGAGACGCGGACCUCUGGGUCCCAAAGGAGACAAAGGGCACCCUGGUGCAAUGGGGAGAACAGGGCCCCCAGGAGAUCCAGGCCCCCCAGGCGUCCCUGGUGUACCUACCGUUGUUCUCUGGAGAAAUUCAAAGGAGGACUGGCUGGCGUUCAUGGGGUUCUUGGGCGACCCCGGACCACCUGGGGAAAAAGGAGAAAAGGGGACAAAGGGGGUGAAAGGACAAAACGGCCCUUCUGGACCUGCUGGAGCUCAGGGGAUGAUGGGUGUCAAGGGUGCUUCAGGGUUCCAGGGCCUGCCUGGACCAGAGGGGGAAAGUGGUGCAGUGGGUUCUCCAGGGCCGGCCGGACCUAUGGGGGAGCCGGGGCAGCCGGGGCCAGUCGGAUUACAAGGAGUCAAUGGCUCUCAGGGAGAAAUGGGCCCUUCCGGCUUGCCAGGCCCACGGGGCCCGAAGGGACCACAAGGCUUGCAAGGGAGACGUGGACCUCCAGGGCCUAGAGGAUCACAGGGUCCACUUGGGAUAGAAGGAUCCUCUGGGCCUAAAGGAGACCCUGGAGCAGUCGGUCCUGCUGGACUAAGAGGAGAGCGUGGUCAAGAAGGCCCCAUGGGGUUGAUUGGAAUGCCAGGUUCAAAAGGACUUCCAGGAGACCAGGGUGGUGAAGGCACAGAUGGAGUGAAAGGGGACAUGGGAACCAAAGGAGACAAGGGAGAACGUGGGCCACAGGGGAUGAAAGGGCCCCCAGGAGUUCGAGGUCAAAUGGGUCUGCAGGGAUUUCCUGGGCCCAGAGGGCCGGCUGGACGCCAAGGACAUGACGGGGAGGAAGGACAAAUAGGCCCACCUGGCCAGAACAACAGUGAAGGGCCAAAGGGCAGUCGAGGACCAGAUGGCUCGAAGGGAAGGCCUGGGCCAAGAGGACACAGGGGCCGUACGGGCCAGCGUGGGUUGGUUGGACUCCCAGGACCCCCAGGCUUACGAGGCGUUCCUGGAAUAGCAGGCCCAGAAGGAAAGCCUGGUACACAGGGUGUAUCAGGUGCCAUGGGGAGCCCUGGCAGAAAGGGACCAGCUGGUGCUGGUGGCUUACCAGGUGACAGAGGGCAUGAUGGACCUACUGGACCAAUAGGCCCUCCAGGAAAACCAGGACCAGACGGAGACCCAGGUUCACCGGGGCCAAGGGGGCUGCCUGGUAAACUUGGCUUGGAAGGACUGCAAGGACCUGUCGGCAUGUAUGGCUACCCAGGACCUGUUGGUGACAGAGGAAAGGCAGGACCUAGGGGUGAAAAGGGAGAGCCCGGAGUCCAGGGCCCACCAGGAUUUCCAGGAAAAGCCGGUCCCAAAGCUCCCCCUGGCCCACCUGGUGGGAAAGGUCCCCCUGGUCCACAGGGGAGACUGGGAGACUCAGGUCCUAGAGGGCUUCCGGGACUGCUGGGGCCUCCAGGCGUUCAAGGGCCAGAUGGCAUCGGCGGUAAGCCUGGUGUGCCAGGAGAGAAGGGGCCUGCUGGACUGAGUGGGGCUGCAGGACCGGCUGGAUACCCAGGCCAGGAAGGGCCAGCUGGGCCGGAAGGGCCUUUGGGGGAGAAAGGAGAGAAGGGUGAAGUGGGACAGCUGGGAGAAGCUGGCAUCAGAGGCCUGGAUGGAGAGCAGGGUUCCCCGGGACUCCCUGGAGUGGAAGGUCAGCCUGGGUCCAAAGGGGAGCAGGGAGAGGCAGGAAUCCCAGGGGCUCCAGGUGUCAAUGGAGGCUCUGGGGAGCCAGGAGAGGACGGGCCGAAGGGACACCCUGGGAGACCUGGGGAACUAGGAAAAGAGGGUGACAUCGGGGAGCCCGGAGAUAUGGGGGAGCCCGGGACCAGGGGCAAAAAGGGUGACCCCGGCCCCAGGGGCCCUCUUGGAAUGCCUGGACCAGGUGCCGUUAUGGGAGAAACUGGUGAAAAGGGACUUAAAGGAGAGAAGGGGCAAGAAGGUUUACUGGGCCAGGUCGGUGUGAUCGGGGUUGCAGGACCUGCCGGAGCCAGAGGACGAAUUGGUGAAGCAGGCAUCCUAGGUCCCCCCGGGUUAGCUGGCCCUGAGGGAGAGAAGGGUGAUCCAGGACCAAGUGGACUGAUUGGCCCAGCUGGUGUGGCUGGAUUGGAGGGAGUCCCUGGGGAAGAUGGAAGAAAAGGAGAGCGAGGCAAGCCAGGGCCUGCCGGUGCAGCAGGCUCCAGGGGUGAAAGUGGGAGCCAAGGACUCAAGGGCUUUGGCGGGCCUGAAGGACCCAGAGGAGAUGCAGGGGGAAAAGGAGAGACUGGCCAUCAGGGUUCUCGUGGGCCACCUGGAGAAGCGGGAGCAGCAGGGCUAAGUGGUGUUGAAGGCCCUCCGGGUGAGAGGGGGAAGCUGGGGGAGCCAGGAGAACCAGGACGAACGGGGCCUCGAGGACAGCUGGGUCCGGAGGGACAGAGGGGUCGUAAAGGAGAAAAGGGGAACAGCGGGCACGAAGGAGAUCAGGGCCUCCCUGGCAAUCCGGGCAGACGGGGCAAGCGAGGCAAAGCUGGGCGCAAGCUCCCAAGAGGCCCCAAGGGGCCCAAGGGCCAUCCAGGUGAACCAGGGUCAGAGGGACCACGUGGCCCACAAGGACCUUAUGGGAUUCCUGGACUGAAAGGGGUGAAGGGAGACCAGGGACCAAAAGGACAGAAGGGUGAGAAAGGCAGCAAGGGAUAUCGUGGCCCGCAAGGAGAUGAUGGCUUCAAGGGCAAGCAAGGACCCAUAGGUGCACCUGGAAGGCCUGGAUCAAAGGGAGAGCAGGGUAAUAUCGGCCCACCUGGUCCACGGGGAUCCUCCGGCUUCCCUGGAAUGCCAGGCUUAUUUGGACAAAAAGGACUUAAAGGUUUCCAAGGCCUGCCAGGACCCAAAGGCGAGCCAGGCCUGCCUGGUGCGCCCGGCCUUGCCGGUCCCAGGGGACCCUCGCUAAACGUCUCCAUGGAGGAACUGAAGCAUCUGAUUUAUUCAACCAACAAACUGAACUACGCCAGGGUGUGGGCUCUUCUGGACAACUUGGGCCAUGAGCUGAAGCUCCUGGUAGAGCCCCCAAAUGGCACUAAAGACAACCCGGCUGCCAACUGCAAGGAGCUCCUCCUGGCUCAGCCUGACCUGCCUGACGGUUAUUAUUACAUAGACCCCAAUCAAGGCAGUCCGCAGGACUCUCUGCUGGCCUUCUGCAACUUCACGGCAGGGGGAGAGACCUGUAUCGCUCCAGUACGCAAUCAGGUGCCUAUCAAAGCCUGGCUGAGAGCUUACACCUCCAAGGACACCUUUGAGUGGUUCAGCGCCCUGCCUGGGGGCUUCCUGCUGGAAUACCAGGGUGCCAGCACCGUCCAGCUCCGCUUCCUGAAGCUGCACAGCAGCCUCGCCACCCAGAAGGUGUCGUACUCCUGCAGGCCUGACGCCAACGGAGAGCCGCAGCUGGAGAAAGACGUCAAAUUCCUAGCGGACUCCAGGGAGCAGAGCUACCUGACCACGCUGCCAGGCUGCAUGCUGGACAACGAGUCUUCGAUCACAGACACCAUAUUCCAGUUUUCCAGCGAGGAGCUGGCGCUCUUGCCCCUGCGUGACCUGGCUGUGUUUCACAAUGGAGACGUCUCGCACCAGUUUGGCUUCACGGUUGGGCCAGUUUGCUUCAGCUGAACCCAGAAACAAAAAUCCACUUUCCUUUUGGGGAAUAUAUGACUGCAAAGGAGAAAGGAACUAAAAAAACCCUUCUCAUUGCUGUACCUCUGGCUGGCUUUUGAAAGCUACCCUUCCUAUUUAUAAGGUAAUGUUUAUAGCUGCAUUAUGCCAUGGACUACACGGCCUUCUGAAGGAGGAGACUAUUGUUUACAAAAGUAAUUUCUCUAUAAAUAUAUAAAUAUAUAUAUAUAUAUAAAAGGUGCUAAUUUAAUAAGUGAUGGGAAAAUUGUCAUUUAACUCCAUCCAUUAGGGUCUGCUUAAAAGGAGAUCCAAGCUUUCAGCUGGGACCAAGUUUUCUUCCCCUUGUUCAAUUGCACAAGUCCCUGGGUCCCUUCUCUGCUGCAGCACCAAUGGAUUAGCCCAGGCAAAUAGCCAGGCCAUCGGUGCCCAUGGAGAUCGUGCCAAUCAAACAAGCAGCUGGAGCUGGUUGGGAAUUUUUCCACAAGUGUGUUUUCAUCAAAAAAAUGACGAUUUCUCAAAACCGGAACUUUUUGGAGGAAAGGGUCAGUUGAGAUGAGAUUUGACUCAAAAAUGUCACUGGAAAAAUUCUGGGUUUUUUGUUUCAAAACUAUGUUGCGUUUCUAAAUUUAAGCUGUGUAACAAUGGUUGAAGUCAAAACAUUUCACAGGUAGCACAAUGAAACGUUGCUGGGUGACCGAAGCUGAAUUUUUGUUCUUUUUGGAUUUUCAAGGUGUGAAAAUUGUCACGAUUUUAACUUUUUCCCAAUUCAGGGUAGGGAGGAAUAUAGUGACAUAGGGUGACCAGACAGCAAGUGUGAAAAAUCGGGACGGGGGCUGGAGGGUAAUAGGAGUCUAUAUAAGAAAAAGACCCAAAAAUCGGGACAUCCGGUCACCCUAUAUUGACAGCUCAAAACUGUCUGCAGAAUGGGAGAAGGGAGUCCCGCCCAGCUCUAACUGCAAACUAUCUCCAGGAGGUUCAACAUACUACCACCCUGCUGGCCUUACAGGACGAGUAGCACCUUGCCUUUCAGUUCUUAAAGAAAAUACACGAGACUAUUCAUGCAAACUCUUCACUUGGUCAGCCAGCAACGUGUUUAUUAGCACUGCCGCCCCAGGUGUGAUUGUGAAAGAUGGCGUGAGAAAUACUGCCAUCAACUCUAUCAAGCUCAGUAGAAGGGAGAAUCAUAUUUAAUGGCAGUUAAAUUAAGAUGCCCUCCUUAAAUCAUUACAAUAAGCAGCAAAUGCUGCCAAUUUUUCAGGGGUAGUUAGGGGAGAAAAUUCACUACGUAGAGAAAAGGGAUAAAAUUUAUAGCAGGAGGCUCCUAUCCCCUACUACCAAGGAGCUGCUCCUUUCCGUGUGAUGAAGCUUUAUUUAAGGCCUCGUUUCACUAAGGGAGACAUACUGAAGGGCAAGAAGUGUCUAGCCUCUGCUGCACAAUGAACUGGUACAUCAGGAGUUGCUGCUGAGAAUCAAACAGACUAUUUAAAACAGUUCUGUUGUACGGGGGCAUGUUUUCUAGCAGGUGCUGCCAACCUUGAGGCAGAGCCCUAUUUCUAUUAGCGGGCUUGGGACAGGGUCAGGGUCCUAGAGGGAGGUGCUGAUCUAGAUCAGCAGCAGUUUUACAAUUCAGCCACAGUCCUGGAGUCCAAGUCCACCCCCCACGCAGGACGCACCUAUUGUUUGGAAGAGAUUUGACUCCCGUUGUAGCUCUUCCUAUAAACCCAAACACCCGGCUUGCUUACAGAUCGGCUUGUUUUGCUCUUAAAAAGCCAAGUGCGUGAAAUCUCACAUUUAAAAACAGUGCUGUGGGUAUGGGCAAGCUUGCAGGAAUUAACUAACCAAGGCAUGCUUCGUCCCAAUGUGUGUUUGUGGGCUGAUGAGUGGGGGAGUGAGGGCAGCUGCAUGCACUUAGCUACAGGCCACUAGUGUUUUGCAACCUAUUUCUAAGUGCAGCUUCCCCCAGUAAGGAUCGCUGUUCCGAGCCCUCACACUCAUUGUCCAGGGGAAGCUGAAGCUGUUCCCAGCAGUGUGAUAAAGCCCUGUCCUCGGUUAAAUUCUGCUUCAACGUCCUUCAGCUGAGGUCUUUUACUGUUUAAAUGUGAUGACAUCCAUUGCUGGCAAUGGAUGUACCAAACUCACCGUUGCCCAGGGGCUCUGGCCGCAGGGUUCACUGCUCUCCUCUUACUCUUAGUUGUAUAAUUUGCAUUUUUAGCCUGACCUCUCUAUGAUAUGCUGGUCAUUUUGUAUAAAGAUGGGAUGCAUUUUAUGAAACUAGCACCAGUUCUGUGUAUGCAAUACAAAGAUUUGACUUAACGCUGCUGGUCAGCUUCGUGUUCUGCAAUGAGAACUUUAAAACCUGGUCUGUUACUUUAAGGCCCUCAUUUUCCCACUCAAUUCUAUGCCAGUGGUCUGGUUUCACAGCCCUUCCUUUGCAAUAGGGAAGAGGGGCAGAAACCUGUCUGAGCGAAACAUUGGCUUAAACUCAAUGUCGAGCAGAGUGCUUGAUGGCUGAGGCUGGGGAGUCACUGGUUUCCCACUUCACUCAACCAGGGCACACUGAAAACAAACUCAUCAGGUUACCAGCUAUCAGCACAGGCCUUGUGCCAGGUUUAAAACUCAAGCAAGUUCCCAUGAAGAAGGCUGGCCAGUAGAAAAGUCCUAGUAAGACAGUACCCCUGGCCACCUGCUUUUUGUUUAGGGUUUGUGCAAAAGACACCACGUUCUAUUAAAAGGGCCCAUAUGAGGAACGUUUAAUUUACUCACACCAGCUGGCAGCCAAGGCCAGUUCCUUUGCAACAUCACUUCUCCACUGUGCUCCUGAAAUUACAGGGCCCAAGUCUGACUCCCAUUAAGAACGGAAAGUAAAGUGCAGAUUGCAGAGGCCCAGCACGAGAGAAGAUUGUGUCUCGGCUGCCCCCCUUACCGAGCAAGCAGUGCCCUGUAAUAAGAGGCUGUAGAAAAGUUUUCAAAUAGCCUUUAAACUACAGUACAAAAAUGGAAUUCUCAGGCAUCCCUUCCCAGAAGGGACAGGAGGAGAAAGUUUAUGGUGCCUCUUUAUACAAGUUUUUACCACUACAUAUGUCAGAGAACUUCAAUGGCAGUGCAGUAAUUGCAGUGAAUUGUUUCCUCCUUCAGGCGAAAGUUCGAUGCACAUACUGAUGGAUGCAAUCUCUUCCCCCCCCCUUUAGUCAGUACCAGCUGGUCACUAGAAAGGCACCACAGGUCAGUUGUAACAAAUUGCCAAGCCUAAUUUACAGCAGUUAUCAGGUGUAGAUUAGGUCUCCCAGCUGGCCAAGUACCCCCUUCCUUGCUUUCAUACAGCCAUCGGAGUUGUGCCACAGUUUUGGGUUCAACCACAGCACCUCCUAAAGGCUUGUAAAAUUUCAAUUAGGCAAUUUAAUUCCUACUGUUUAGACAUGCAGUAGUGAGCUUCUGACACUUGUUGCAGAGGCCAGUGGGAUUUCUAGGUGAAGAUUUCCUACCUUUCCCUUUCCAAGUACCAUAGAGACUGCAGAGCCUAGCCCGUCACUUGGAAGUGACACAGCUAGAGAAAGUUAAAGCUGGGCUUGGCUUACCUUCUUGGGUACAAAAUCCCCUGCUCUUUGUUGGCAGUAAGAUCAAGGAAAGGGCUACAGCUGAUACUCACCUCAGAAACCCCCUUCACUUGCACAUUAACAAACCAAGAGUGAGCAACAUCUUUCUAUUUCAAAACACACACGUUGGCCCUUAGCAUCACCGAGACGGUUGGCACAAGUGUU